GUCACAUUUUAACUCGACGUAUAUUUUUAAAAGCGAAGUUCUAUAUAGUUCAUUGUGUUGCUUUGUUUCUUCAUUCUUCGCAAAUUCAUCUCAUUCCAUAAAAACCAGAUGGUGUCCGUUAGGGAGAAUGGUAAUAAUAUUUUCCCCGAGCAUGCGUCUAAUGAAGGCCAAGUUGUGAGUCCUAGAAUAGGUCACGAGUACCAGGCGGAAAUUCCUUCAGUGCUUAAGAAAUCAGAGCAGCUUUCGUUUCAAAUGAAUCCUGCAGAUUCUGAAGCAGUGCGUGAUAAAUCCCUUUCCUUUGCAAUUGGUUUGGAGGAUAGUGAACCUGAGGAGUUGGGAUAUCAUGAAGAUAGUGAUUCAGGUCAGUUGGGAAAAAGUGAAAAUCAUAAGCUGGCCCUUGCCCUUGGUAGAUCGAGUAGCACCUGGAGUGAUGCUGAUACAAAAAGUUUUAUACUUGGUUUGUUUAUUUUCGGGAAGAACUUUAUACAGAUAAAAAGAUUCUUGGAAAACAAAGGGAUGGGGGAAAUACUUUCUUUUUACUAUGGAAUGUUUUACAAAACGGAUGGAUAUCGUAGAUGGUCGGAGUGCAGGAAGUUAAAAGGAAGAAAAUGUAUGAUUGGAGAGAAACUUUUUACCGGGCUAAGGCAACAUGAACUAUUGUCUCGCUUGAAUCCCCAUGUCUUCGAAGAAUCUCAAGAUACUAUGUUACAGGUUUCUAAAUCUUAUGCUGAGGGAAGAACUUCUCUAGAAGAAUACAUAUCUUCUUUGAAGUCGGCUGUUGGACUUCACGUUCUUGUGGAAGCAGUAGGUAUUGGUAAGGAGAAGGGAGACCUGACUAGGUUCGGUAUGGAACCUAAGAAGAAGAAUCCUGCGCUUCCAGCACAAACUUGCAAAGAUUUGUCGUCUCUUGGACCCAGUGAUAUAGUACAAUCUUUGACAGGAGGAUUUAGGCUGAGCAAAACCAAAAGCAAUGAUCUUUUCUGGGAAGCUGUUUGGCCCCGCUUAUUGGCAAGAGGUUGGCACUCCGAGCAACCAAAGAAUCGUGGCUAUCUUACCUCCAAAGAUUAUUUGGUUUUUCUUAUUCCCGGCGUUGACAAGUUUUCAAGGAGGAAACUUGUGAAAGGUGAUCAUUACUUUGAUUCUGUUAGAGAUGUCUUGAGCAAAGUAGUAGCUGAACCAAAUAUUCUCGUGCUCAAAGAAGAAGAAGAAGAAGAAGAACAAGCUAGAGUUGGUAGCUGCAAUGAGGACAAGCCAGUAAAGGGAUCAAAUGAAGAUGAUUUAUCUGACGAUCAUCGUCAAUGUUACCUCAAGCCCGGAUGUUCUACCUACAAUAAAGAUCAUACCAAAUUCAUGGUUGUUGAUACCAGUAUGGUACAUCGGGGAAACCCAUCCGAUUUAAGGGAGUUGAAAUCCGUGCCUGUUAAUUCGGCCCCUAAAGUUGAGGUAGAUGUGGCUAGUAAAAAAUAUAAAGGGCACAAAUAUAUGAGGAAAGUGAAGCAUAACAAGGAAAUGUCUGAAAGCAUUGAACAAAAUUUGACAAAGUUGACAGCUAUUGAUACCAAUAGGCUUUCUGAUGGAAAACUAUUGAAGCUGAAAGUUAAACUGAAAUAUCCGUCAGUUGAAUUAGAAGAUGCAUCUACGGUGACUAAUGGUCUUCUGAGAGAAAGAAACCACGGCUCAUCAACUGAUUAUUUACUGAGAAUGGCGGAAGCUAAGAUGCUGAUAUGUGACAAAAGGAAAAUCAGUAAAAUUAACAGUGGUGCUACCAGUAAAAAAGAUGCAUGUGAUAAUCUUGUUAAUGAUGCAAACAAGAUGCUCCAAAGCCAGAAAAAUCAACAGACAUGUGUGUUUGAUGAUAAUCCACUUAACAAGAUCAUAAAGCAUCAAUUCAACCGGAAAGUAAGAUCAGGUGAUUCUAAUCAUGCAGCUGUUCCUAUUAAAAGGAGGAGAUUGACUGCUUGUGUCAAUGCAGAGAAAAGCCGCAUCAUUGGAAAUUCUUCAGGAGGUUUGGGAUCAGAAAAAACAGGACUCCCUCGGUCUUCUAGCUUUCCAGAUGCCAACAAAAAUGUGUGGGAGCCAGUUGGCCUUCAGGAGAAUGGGAGUUCAACUGCUGCUUCAGCAGACCAAAGUGUUGAAGAGAAUACCGAGAAAUGUGAAUCUUUUACCUUCAACAUACCUCAGGUUCCGUCAAAUUCUGAAAAUAACAAAAGCGAGCAAGGCCUAACAUUUUCUACUCAUAAAGUAGUUGAAAAGCCUCUUAGAACCCCUUGCCAUGUUGAUUCUUUGGAACAGCAUCCUGAUAUAAAACCCAGGAGACAGAGCACCAGAACCCGACCAUUGACAGUUAGAGCAUUGGAAUGUAUAGCAAAUGAAUUCUUGCACGUGCAAAAGAGACAGAAAAAGAAAAACAGCCAGAUACACCAAGAACCUUUCAAUCCUUGUCGCAAGGCUCAUACAAGAGGCAAAACUAUGCUGUUAGAUAACGAGAAUGCAGUUUUAGUACAAGAGGUAAAGCAUUUGAAUGGAGAUAGCAGUGUUAGCUAAAUAUUGCACAGAUGUUUAAAGAUUUUUCUUUAAGCUAGAAUAUAGAUAUAGAUAUAUUUUUAUAUGGAUAUGGAUUCUUCAAUAAGAAACUAGAAGUAGUUUUAUUAAAUUUGAAUUAGUUAUCGACUCAACUAUAGUGUCAGAUUAGUGAAUCAUUAGUUGAGUCGUAUGAACAAGUUUCUAUGACGAAAGUUAUUACGAACAUGACAAUGGUUAUGGUUUGACAUAAAUGUGAAUGAAACAAAUGAAUGAACAGAAAUACAAUCCAAGUCAGUGCAGGUUUUGAAUAACAUUGAAGAUAUAAAUGUUCUGUUCCAAUAUUUUAGUUUCAGAAUGAACAAUGCAAUUAAGAAGCACCAUCGGUUUGUUACAAAAGAAGGUAGAACCCAAGAUUAAAUCUCUAAAGAUAUCCAUUAAUAUUGACUAGUUUAAUAUAUUGUGUUAAUUAAUACUGCUUACAUGACUUAAUGAGAAAGUU